AUGGCUGUGCUUGCCACACCCGUUCUGCUUGUUGCAAUUCUGGGCACAUUUAUUGUAUUCUUUUGGGGGCGUCUACGAUCUGCUGUCGCAUCCAUCCCAGGGCCGACGUUGACCUUGUUCUCGUCCUUGCCACUCAGAUACCAGGAGUUCCGGGGCAAUCGGACAAGAUACAUCCAUGAUCUGCACCUGAAAUAUGGAAGUGUCGUGCGAAUCGCGCCCAACGAGAUCACCUUUGCAUCCCUGGAAGCCAUGAAGGAGAUAUAUAUGUCUAAUGGCAGCGGCUAUGACAAGACAGAGUUCUACAGCCUGUUCAAGCAAUACAAUACGGGGCAAGAUGCCCCAAGAUAUUCCGCCGUGAUAAUGCGAAGACGUCUCCUGGCUGAUCGCUACGCAAACUCCAAUGUCGUGAAGGAGAAAGCUAUUGAGGGAAUCCAGCAGAGAAGCAGAAACUUCACAGCGAAAGCCGCCAAAAUGCCAAACCAGGAGAUGGAUAUCUAUGUGUACCUUCACUGCUAUGCUUUCGACUGCGUCACCCACCAUUUGUUUCACCCUUAUGGAAGCAACUCGAUUGACCAGCAGUAUGAUGAAUCAAUCAUGCGCGAGGUGUCAUUUGAUACCAGCUUGGCUCGUCGACUUAUUCAAUAUUACACUCCCAAUCUGGAGUAUCUGGCAGACCUUUUGGGCCUCCUUCCACCCAUACGAACAAUACCAAAAGCCCAGAAGCUCGUACUGGAUGCAGUGGGCCAAGGCGGUGUAGCAGAUUUCACGCCACUGUCCCGCUUGCAGGAUCCGAAACUCGGCCUGGAGGAGAUUCAGAUGGCUGCCGAGUGCAUGGAUCAUAUGGUAGCUGGUAUAGAGACCACUGGUGACGUCUUGUGUUGGCUAAUGUGGCAAAUAUCGCUACCGGGCUACCAGGCUAUACAGGAUCGCCUAUAUGCAGAGCUCACUAUGGACUCGGCCAAUGGGGAAGUGUCAUACGACCAGCUUCCGUAUCUCCACGCGGUAUUGAAGGAGGGUCUGCGCAUAUUCCCUUCAAUUCCGAUGAGCCUCCCCCGUUACGUUCCCAAGGGCGGUAGAGACAUUGCUGGCACAUGGCUUCCUGAGGGAAUCAUUGUCAGCUGCCAGCCAUACACGAUGAACCGGUUUGACCAGGUGGUUUUCCCGGAGCCCGACACGUUUGUCCCAGAGAGAUGGCUAGACAAGGAGGUCGAGACAGAGCAGAACCGUCUCUUCUUUACCUUUUCCAACGGAGGGCGUGGCUGUAUAGGCCGACAUUUGGCCAUGGUCGAGAUGAAGUUGCUUCUGCGCGAUGUAUACUCCACAUUCCGGACUGUUCUCACCGAAGAGGGCAUGACGGCCGACAUGUCUAUGGCGGAUCAGAUCAUCUCUUCGAGGCCCAAGGCCCAGAAAUGCAUGGUGAAGUUUAUUCCACGGUAG